AUGGCCUCUAAGCAGGAGGCCGCUCUCGUUGAGUUGGUAGAGCAACUACAGGCACAGCUCCUCUGGCUCCCGCAACCAAAAAAGGUAUUGAAAUAUAUAAAAAGACUUAAUGAUUUACCAAUAACAGCAGAUGUUCUGGUCGAGACCGGAGUUGGCCUUAUCGUGAACGGUUUACGUGGCUAUGAAGAAGUGGGGGCUCUGGCCAGGGGCCUAGUGGAGCGAUGGAAGAAUCUAGCCCCGAUCGAUGUAGAUUCCGACUCCGACCUGGACCUGGAUCUCAAGGAACAGGACGCCGAAAGGAAUCGAGCCCGGAAGCGGCCCUACAAUUUCUGUACGGCGGAGGGCAACUUCCAACAGACCUGUAAACCGUCAGCCAGCCAGCCACAGAAUCCAGACCUUAAAGGUAAAAAACAACCAAAGCCCCGGGAGCUAGAGAAAAGCUUCAGAGCAUUACCUGAGAUGGCCGAGUUCAGUCACAGCCUUCCACCAGCCUUCAACAGCCCAACGCCAGCUGUUCGAGCCUGUGGGAAGAGAAAGAUCCGAAAUUUGAGGAAAAAGAAUCUGAGCGUUCCAACUGUAGUUCAUGGAGACAAAGGUCACGCUAAAGAGAACAGCGCCAGAACUGAUAGUAAAAGCCCCUAUUCAGUUCAAAAGCUGCCUAACAUGAAUGAUGGCAAACCAGAGCAACAACAAUCUGGAACUAUGUUGGCCAAACGGAAAAACAUCUCCAUCCCUCUGACACCACACUUGGGGGAUCUCCCCUUGCCUGCAGAACAAGCGAGUCGUCAGUUUUCGUCACUCGGAACACCUCUCCCCGCGAAAUCGAAGAAGAAAUCAACAUCCUACCAUGACGACGAGGGCCUCGGAUUUAUAGGACGAAGAAGAAAUUCCAAGAUGCAAGUUUACUCAGGACCUAAAUGUGUUUACCAACCGAAAUUAAUAUCGCUGCACCAGCAAUGUAUCAAGGUCCUCAAUAACAAUUUAGAUUCCAUCUUUGAUAUUGGUAGUGUACCUUAUACUGUGCUGGAGCCCGUCCUGGAGAAAUGUACGCCGAAACAACUGCAGAGGAUUGAGGAAUAUAAUCAUUUUUUAAUUGGGGAGACCAACCAAUUGUGGAAAACUCAUUGUAAUCGAGAUUUUAAGUGGGAACAACCAAGGGAGUUUGAGUCCUGGAGGGAGCUUUACCUUCGGCUCCAGGAAGCCCGAGAGCAGAGGCUGCUGCUCUUGACCGAGAAUAUUCGAUCUUCUCAUGCCAAUAAACCCAAAGGCCGUCAGACAAUGAUGGCCUUUGUUAAUUCUGAGGCUAAACCGCCUCGGGAUAUUAGAAAGAGGCAGGAAAAAUUUGGCACUGGCAGAGUAGCUACUCCUGAAAUGACCAGGCCUGCCUUAUACACCCCAACCACUCCCUAUGGUCACAGUGCUGUCCAGCCCCAUGCUGGCUCAAACACUGGCAGUUUCCAAUCCACAUCGGCCAGUAGCACUGCUUCUUGCGAUUCUAGAAGAACCUCUGCAAAAAAGGUUGCCCCAAUGAUGGCCAAAACCAUCAAGGCUUUCAAAAAUAGAUUCUCCCGCUGA